AUGUCGAGUCUCCCGAACCUGAGUGCGCUAGAACUCCGCAUUCUAGAACUAUCGCGCGCACAGAACUUCUGUUCGUACGAUAGCAUGCCGGAAAGUGUGUGCGUCGCAGCAGAAGAUUCAUCGUCCUCAGAUAUACCGGAGUCACCGCCGUCCUCACCAGGAUCUGAUCGUGCCGGGAACGCGGGCUGGUGUUCUUGCGGGAAGUGCAAACCGAUGGAUACCGCGGAUGAGUGUUUGUGCUGCCGGGAGGUAGAGAACGUCUGUAAAAAGCAGACGGUCAACUGCAUUACAGACAACGAAUAUUUCGAGAUACUCUGCCUCGACACCGAAGUUCUGCGAGUGUCUUUUACGUACAUCCGAGAUACUGAAGAGUAUGGCAACAUACGUGACAUCGCCGUGAACAAUGCAGAUCUGGACAAGACUUUUUUACUGCGUACUUCACAAACAGUGUCCGUCGACGUGGAAAAUGUGCUGGCAGCAUCAGUAGUGUCAUCCGAUACGGUGACUUCCUUGCACAAGUUCAUGAAAUCAUUGCAGUCGACCUGA